AAUCCCGACUUUCUCUUUCUCACACUGCUCUCCGGGCCCAUUAAGAUACCAAAAUGAGCAACUUUGGGCAGAUCCUGAAAGAGAUUGGGGAGUUUGGUUUAUUUCAGAAGCGUUUGGUGGCUGCAUUAUGCAUCCCCAGCAUGUUUGUAGCUUUCGACGUGAUUGGUCAGGUGUUCACAGGCAUGAACUUCCCUCAUCACUGCAACACUGACUGGAUCUUGGAGCGUGGGCCCAACCUGACAGAUGAGUUCAACCUUGUGUGUGACAGGAGCAGCUUGAUUGAGGCAUCACAGUCCAUCUACAUGGCCGGUCUUCUGGUUGGAGCGCUGGUGUUGGGGCCGAUGGCUGACAGGUUUGGUCGACGCUUUGUAGUCCUGCUCUCACUUCUUCUCCUACUGUUGUUUGGUGUCGGUGCUGGUUUCUCACCCAACAUCUACGUUUAUAUUGUUCUCAAAUUUUUAGGUGGCAUCUCCAUUUCAGGCAUUAUUGCUAAUGCAUUUGUGAUAGGUGGAGAGUGGAGCGAUUCCUCCAAGUUUGCUCUCUGCACCAUUAUCUGCCACUCUUUUUUCCCUCUUGGACUGAUGAUGUUGUCUGGAGUUGCCUAUUUGAUCCGCAACUGGAGGAUCCUGCAGUGGGUGCUCUUCAGCCCUCUUAUCCUUGUCCUGGGAAUCUUUUAUUGGAUUCUUCCAGAGUCAGCUCGCUGGCUCAUCACACAGGGCAGGAAGGAGGAGGCCAUAAAGGAGAUCCGGAGGGCAGCCAAGGUGAAUGGGAGGAAUGUCCCGGAAGAUCUGAUAGACAAGCUGGAGGCUGAGGGUACAUCCAAAAGAGGAAACAUGUUGGACAUCUUCAGGAUAUCAUAUCUCAGAAAACGAGCUUUCAUAAUGAGCUUCAUCUGGUUUGGAACAAGUAUGAUGUACUACGGACUGAGUCUGAACGUUGGAAAUUUCGGUCUGGAUAUCUACCUCACACAGUUCAUCUUUGGCGUAGUUGAAGUCCCUGCACGUCUGGGCUGUUUACCUCUUAUCCAGCACUUUGGGAGGAAAAUAUGUCUAGUAGGACUCCUGUUGCUUGGAGGUUGUGCUUGUCUUGCAAUACUUGCAGUUCCAAGAGAUCUUCCUGUUGUUGUAACAGUCAUAGCUGUACUGGGAAAAUUUGCUGCCACUGCCAGUUUCUCCAUUGUCUACGUUUAUACUGCAGAGCUAUACCCCACCACUCUAAGGCAGAAUGGUGUAGGUCUAAACUCCAUGUGUGCUCGUGUGGCGGGCAUCCUUGCUCCACUGAUCAGGCUCCUGGAUGUCUACCAUUACACCAUCCCCAUGCUGAUAUAUGGCAUCAUCCCCAUUACUGCUGGGGGUUUGUGUUUAUUACUGCCUGAAACUCGUAAUGUUGAACUCCAGGACCACGCUGAACUCACAAAUCCAGAGAACGGGACUGCUGAGAUGGCAUCCUUCACUAAAUCAGGAAAGAGCACAAAAAUGUAAUUUACAUGGACAUAAUGGCUGUCAUAGCUUUUUCAUAUCAGGAAAACUAGUUUACCUUUUUUCUAAUUACUGGUGUGUUACCCAAAUGCAAAGCUUCAACUGAAUUAUGUUGAACUUGUAAAUUAUUAAGCAUAAUGUUAUGUUUUGUAGUUACAAUCUGUUAAAAAAUUACCCACUACUACAGAAUUUAUAGACUGUUUGAUAACUUGAAUUGAAUUGUAUAUACAGUAUAUUAAAUUGUGUGUAUUUGCUAUGCACCUAUUUGUUUCUCACCUCAUUUUAAUUGAUGUAUGAUGGACAGUACGCGUGUUAUAGCGUGUAUGGAUGUAUUGCCUGUAUGUAUUUCAGUUGCUUCAAGUCAACUGUAGAGCAUUAUGGAAAAUGGGAAUAAGCAAACAUUUUGACAUGUCAUAGUACAAAGUAACUAAUUACAUUGAGUCACUUUUGUUCAUCUUUGAGCUGCAAAUUUGCACAAUUGUUCUGUCAUUGAUGUGGAUAAAGUUAGUAACUGUGUGUUAAACACAGAGGAACACUGACUGAGUGACUGAGAGUUGGUACAUGUAUUAUGUAGCCAGAAACACAACAAAUGAAUGCUGUA